AAGUGAGGACAUUUCCCGGAGUGAAAUGGAGGCCUCAGUAAUAUUACCCAUUCUGAAGAAAAAACUAGCCUUCCUUUCAGGAGGAAAGGACCGUCGAAGUGGCCUCAUUCUGACAAUUCCAUUAUGCCUUGAACAAACAAAUAUGGAUGAGCUGAGUGUCACUUUGGACUACCUGCUCAGCAUUCCAAGUGAAAAAUGUAAGGCUAGAGGAUUUACUGUGAUAGUGGAUGGAAGAAAAUCACAGUGGAAUGUGGUGAAAACAGUCGUCUUAAUGCUUCAGAAUGUUGUUCCAGCUGAGGUAUCCCUUGUUUGUGUUGUGAAGCCAGAUGAAUUUUGGGAUAAGAAAGUGACACAUUUUUGUUUUUGGAAAGAAAAGGAUAGACUUGGCUUUGAGGUUAUUUUAGUAUCUGCCAAUAAAUUGACCCGUUAUAUAGAACCAUGCCAAUUAACAGAAGAUUUUGGUGGGAGUCUCACCUAUGAUCACAUGGACUGGUUAAAUAAGAGGCUGGUUUUUGAGAAGUUUACAAAGGAAUCUACAUCAUUGUUGGAUGAACUUGCUUUGAUUAAUAAUGGAAGUGAUAAAGCAAACCAGCAAGAGAAAGAAAGAUCUGUGGAUUUAAACUUUCUUCCAUCAGUUGAUCCUGAAACAGUUCUUCAGACAGGGCAUGAAUUAUUAUCCGAAUUACAGCAGCGUCGAUUUAAUGGCUCUGAUGGCGGGGUCUCGUGGUCUCCUAUGGAUGAUGAACUGCUUGCGCAGCCACAGGUUAUGAAAUUAUUAGAUUCACUCCGAGAGCAGUACACCCGCUACCAGGAAGUAUGUAGACAGCGUAGUAAGCGCACCCAAUUAGAAGAGAUUCAGCAGAAGGUGAUGCAGGUUGUAAACUGGCUGGAAGGACCUGGAUCGGAACAACUGAGAGCCCAGUGGGGGAUUGGUGACUCUAUUAGGGCUUCCCAGGCCCUACAGCAGAAGCAUGAAGAGAUUGAGAGCCAGCACAGUGAAUGGUUUGCAGUAUAUGUGGAACUUAAUCAGCAAAUUGCCGCACUCUUAAAUGCUGGGGAUGAGGAAGAUCUUGUGGAACUAAAGUCACUACAGCAACAACUUAGUGAUGUUUGUUAUCGGCAGGCCAGUCAGCUGGAAUUCAGGCAAAAUCUCUUACAAGCAGCUCUUGAAUUCCAUGGUGUUGCACAAGAUUUGUCUCAGCAGUUGGAUGGCUUAUUAGGGAUGUUGUGCGUAGAUGUAGCACCAGCUGAUGGAGCAUCGAUUCAGCAAACUUUAAAACUGCUUGAAGAGAAGCUGAAAAGUGUUGAUGUGGGAUUGCAAGGUUUGCGUGAAAAAGGUCAAGGUCUGCUGGAUCAGAUCUCCAAUCAGGCGUCCUGGGCCUAUGGAAAGGAUGUAACCAUUGAAAAUAAAGAAAACGUGGACCACAUACAAGGAGUGAUGGAAGACAUGCAGCUUAGGAAACAAAGAUGUGAAGACAUGGUAGAUGUGCGAAGGUUAAAGAUGCUUCAGAUGGUGCAGCUGUUUAAAUGUGAAGAAGAUGCUGCUCAGGCGGUUGAAUGGCUAAGUGAACUUCUGGAUGCUCUACUUAAGACCCACAUCAGAUUGGGUGAUGAUGCUCAGGAAACGAAAGUUUUACUGGAAAAGCAUAGAAAAUUUGUUGAUGUUGCACAGAGUACUUAUGAUUAUGGUAGACAGUUGCUGCAGGCCACAGUUGUGUUGUGCCAGUCUUUACGGUGCACUUCUCGGUCUUCUGGGGACACACUUCCUCGAUUGAACAGGGUGUGGAAACAGUUUACGAUAGCGUCCGAAGAGAGAGUACAUAGGUUGGAAAUGGCCAUUGCAUUUCACUCAAAUGCUGAAAAGAUUUUACAAGACUGUCCGGAAGAACCUGAAGCUAUUAAUGAUGAGGAGCAAUUUGAUGAAAUUGAAGCAGUUGGGAAAUCACUUUUGGAUAGAUUAACUGUUCCUGUAGUUUAUCCUGAUGGAACCGAACAAUAUUUUGGGAGUCCAAGUGACAUGGCUUCUGCUGCAGAGCACAUCAGAGACAGGAUGAAAUUAGUUAGUCUCAAAAGGCAGCAGCUGAGACAUCCUGAAAUGGUGACCACAGAGAGCUAAUAGCUACCAGCGUCCCACAGACCUACAGUUCACAUUCCCGCAUGUCGUCGGCAUUCUGCAGCAUUAGCCACAGUACAUUAAGACACAUCUCACAGCAGGAUAAGCCUCAUUUCUUCCCACAACACGUUUCUCUCUACAUGCUAACACCUCGCAACUACCAAGGCAUAAUUAUUUAAUAUGCUUUGAGAUCAUAGACUCCAGGUAUCUUAAAAGAAGGAAACUGUAAACAUUGCACUGAAAUCUUGCUUUCAAGCUUUACAUGACCUGUCAGUUUGUAGAUGAACAACUGAUAAUAAGCUUUGAAUGGUGCUAAUAAGAGUUUAGGAAUUCUCCUUAUAAAAAAUGGUCGCCCUUCCUCCCCAGGUGUGUAGUAAAUUUAGACUGUAGUUAAACUAUCAUCAGUAGAUUUUGGCAUCCUCAACAUUUUACUUUGUUAUUCUUUAAGAUUGAUUAUUUUUAUUGUGUCAAUAUGAAGAACAUCGUUCAGAUCUUUGAUAUAUCAUAUUCAUUAAAAACAUUUUUCCUAUUUGUAUUGAUAAUGUAUUAAAAGUUGUUUGUGCUUAAUAAAAUGCUUCUUUAAACAUCUUAUUUAAUUUGGUAGUUAUAUCCUAUUUUCAAACAUGAGUGCCUUAUCAAAAAGGGCAUUCUUAGGACUGUGAGGAUGGUUUAAUAAUUGUUUUUUCAAGGUUGUUGCAUGUAUUUUAGCCAGAAAAUUCAUAUGUAUGCAUGUGUAUAUAAUAAAUAAGCAUGUUUUAUCAUGAAAAAUAAUUGUGAAGAAUAAUUUAGAUCUUUAAGAACUUAUUAAUAAUGGGAUACUAUUUCAGUGUUUUCUUUUCUUCAACUUCAAAAAUUUUAUCCAAAUUAUUAACUAUCCUGAAGAAAUUUUGUCUUUGGGAGAGGAGGGCUGAGGAAGAAGGCAUACAUAAUAACUUCAGUGUAAUCCUUUAUAUCAAUCAAAGUAAUCUUUCUGGAACUAAAAUAGUAAUUGUUAAUAAAAUUUAAUUUCUCAUGACA